AUGGGAGAUGCUGAAGAUCCUGAUACUAGCAGUGGCACUUCUGAUUCUAGCAGUGGCUCUGACUCUGAAACUGAGCAAGGGCCAACACCUAUAGACGUUCAUCCUACACUUCCAAAACAGUUGGAAGAUCUGCAUGCUGAAUUACUUGGUGAUUAUACUGUUCCUCCAGUUCCACCUACAGAUGCCAACUUAGCUCCAAAAAUUAAUGCCCUUUCUCUGUCUGAGAAAGCAUCACUUGAGCAUUAUGUUGCAUGGAAGAAAUCAAAUGGGACAGUAAAAGGGUACAAAUAUCAUGCAACUGUCCUGCAGUCCAAUCUAGACACUGAAAUUCUGUCACUCCACCAAGUUAAGAAGCUUUCACAAAGGCUUACUGGGUUUUAUCCAAAGAAAGUGGACAUGUGUCCAAAAAGUUGCAUUGCUUAUACUGGCAAAUACAAAGACUUGGAUAAAUGUCCAUAUACUUCCAGUCAAGCAAAGGAACCAUGUGGAAUGGCACACUACAAGGAAGGCAGGAAACCAGGCACUAAAAUGCCACAAGCACAAGUACAAAUUCUUCCAGUGAUGGCAACUAUUAGGGCAUUAUAUGCAAAUGCAGAUACCUCUAGGCAUUUACGUCAACGUGAUUCUUAUUUGAAGCAGGCCCUUCAUCUUGUUGGAUCUGCAAUGCAGAAAUUCUCUGAUUAUGGAAAUUCACAGCUCCAUAUUAUCCAGCAUCAACAGAUGGGUCUUUUUAAAUUUCUGAGGGAUAUUGCACUUGCACUAUCGACUGAUGGAGCUCAACUAACAAUGAAGAAGCAUUCCAACACUUGGCUUCUUAUCCUCAUAAUUCUGAAUCUUCCUGCCACAUUACAGUAUAAAACUGAGCACAUAAUCAUCAAUCUCACAACUCCAGGCCCAAAUUCCCCAGGAGAUAUUGAAUCCUUUAUCUGA